GCGAGGUCGUACUGGGGCAGGAAUAUCCCUAUAUGCGAGAAGCUACCUAGAUAUACCCUUGAAGACCCACCCUGACCACUCUGGAAUAAUCCGCGGACGGAAUGGCGAAUAAAUGGUACGGCCGAGGUCUCCCGAUGGGUCAACCCCGCAGGCGCGUCUUUGCCUGGCAAUAGCGCUGGCAUCUAUGCAAGAGAAACACCCACACAAAAACACUCACACAACAACACCCAAUCAGUACAGGCAUGCAGCCAAGAUGCCGUCGCCACGCCUGCUGUCGCUGUCCCUGGAGAGCAAAAGUCAUCUCCAGAUUGAAUAUGUCAACUGGGAUGGCGAAACCUGUCUCGUUCCGGUGGACCUCGACUACUCGGUUGGCAACAGCGAGGGGACUUUCGAUACGGGCGGCUUCCAUUUCUCCAGAAGCGCGCGGGAUGUUGUUCUGGCCGGCAAUGUCCUGCGUGCCCAGCUCUCGACUAGCCGUGGCGUGUGGUGGGACGACCAGGUCGUCAUUGAGCUUUUAUUCCCCGAGGCGCCCAUCACGUCAAGCCCACCGAGGGUGCACCUGCAUCGCUCCGACCCGCAGAGGCUCGGUCCGUGGUGUCGGAAUCUCAGGCUCGUGGGCAAGUUCAUGUUGGCAGGCCAAUGCCUCCAAGCAGACGGGAGCCACAGGGAUGUCUACAUCAACCUGGACAAGUGCCUCGGCCAUAAUAACGGCGCCUUCGACAAGCACGGCCGCGGCUUCUCGUCGUCGGCAGCAGCAGUGGAGCUGGUCGGGACAAUGAUGUACGCAGUGUGGAAUCACGCCGGGGGCCCUGGUGGCGUGCCGGGCCGGGCCGCCAUCGGGCUCGAGACAAUCCUGCACGUAACAGAGGGCGUCCCGAAGCCGCUCAGGCAGGACAUCACACCCGAAGAACUCGACCUUGAAGUGCUCAGGGACGAUCCGUGGGCGAUCCAGGAACGGAGCUGGAUCCCCAACGCCACCAACAUCCGCCUCCUCAACUACAGGCGGAAGAGGUUUUGGUAUCUGCUGGCCGACUUCCAGGUGCCCGGAGGCACGUUUCGAGAGUCCCUCCUCACCCUACAUGAAGUGUUGGGGCCUAAUGUCAACCAGAUGUUUGGCGGUCCCUGGUUUUCGAGCCCGGAUAUUCCCGAGCCGGCACGCGAGACGAGACUGCAAAAUGGAAUACUCCGUGCGGGUUUCCAGGGACGCGGGGCCUGGCAAGAAAGGUCCAUCGACCUGAGAGGCAUCAAUCCGGCUCGGAUUGUCCUGGCUGCCGGGAACUGUUUUACGCAGGCGUCCUCUACACCCCCUGGUCUGGGCAUAUCACCAAACUUGACCUGCCCAGUGUGAAGUCCGUUCGGGCAACUUGUGUUCUCUGUAGGCUGCUCAGUGACACCAUCAAGUCCUACACGCCCCAAGCGGCAUCGCACGAGGCGUGGGUAACCACCGCACCGGGCACACGGG